AUGGGUUGCUGCGUCUCCUCCUCCCCCCAACCGGAGAACCCCAACUCCAACAACGAUGACCACCACCACACCCCCGACACCAAUGCCAACCGCCCUCAUCACCCUCCGUCGCAGCCCCCAGCCGGAAGAACAGCGCCCAUCCCCCAUUACACUCUUGCGGAGAUUAUGGAGGCGACGAAUGGAUUCUCCUUCGAGAACAUCAUCUCAGAAGGCGGCGCCAGUAGAGAAGCCGGCGCUAAAGUCCUGAACUCUGUCUACAGGGGCUGUCUUCAUAGCGGCCAACAGAUAGUCGUCAAGAGGUUCUCCUGGGACGCCUGGCCUGAUGAAGAGCAGUUCAGGGAGCAGGCGAUUGCAGUGGGACGGUUGAGACACCGGCGGCUUGUGAACUUGAUUGGGUACUGCUGCGAUGAGGAUGAGCGGCUUCUUGUGGCGGAGUUCAUGCCCAAUGAUACGCUUGCCAAGCAUCUUUUCAACCUUAAAACAGAGACCAUGGAGUGGUCUAGGCGCUUGAGAGUCGCAUGCUAUGUAGCACAAGCUUUGGAAUACUGUAGUGAUGAAGGGCGAACUGUGUAUCAUGAUCUGACUUCAUAUAAAGUUCUCUUUGAUGAGACCGGUAAUCCUUGCCUUUCUUGUUUCGGUCUUGUGAAAAAUAUUAGGGAUGGAAUAAGUGACAACACUAACAUUGCUUACAUUCCUCCAGAAUACGUAGAAGGAUUGAUCACUUUUGAAAGCGUGAUAUUCAGCUUUGGCAAUGUGCUACUAUUUCUACUAACCGGAAAACAAAUUCCACCAGACCUCGCCCUGGACAAGAUAAGGAGAAAUAAUAUGCAUACCUUUAUGGAUUCUCGUGUGAAGGGUCAAUAUUCCAUUAAAGAGGUAGUUGCUUUGGUGAAACUUGCCUCUCAAUGUUUGCAAUAUUUGCCUAAGGACCGACCCACUAUAAAACAAGUUAUUGCAAGCCUUGAACAAGUUCAAAGCAAUGCCAGGGAUGCUGGGGCACCAACUAAUGCAAUGCAAGGGACUCAGGGGCAAGAUAAAACCUCAUCAAAGACUCAGACGAAAGAUAAAACCCUACUAAUGUCGAGGAGUUCCAAGCAAGAUAAAACCUCACCAAUUCCUCAACCAACUUCCUUGCAAAUGGCUGAAGCUGUUGCCAUAAUGGACCUCCCAGCCAUUCAUCAGAUUCUAGUUUUCGAAGGCUACAAAGGUGAUGCAACAAGUCGGGAGUUGACUUUUAGAGACUCAACACAACACAUGGAAGAAAUGUUGCAGACUAGGUGGAAAGGUGACUUGGCCUUCAAUAGUAAAGAUCUUAAGACAGCUUUUGAGUGCUAUUCUCAGUUUCUAGAUGGGGCAAAAGUAAUUUCACCUACUGUGUAUGUGAGGAGAAGCCUAUGCUACCUUAUGUUUGAUCAACCUCACGACGCCCUUCGUGAUGCCAUGCAAGCACAGUGCAUUCAACAGCGCAUUAAUGCAGAUUGGCCUAUUGCAUGCUACAUGCAGGCAGUUGCCCUAAGCCUGCUGAAUCGGGACAUUGAUUCCGCAAACAAGUUGAAGGAAGCAACUGCAAUAGACGAGGCACUUGACACUCUUCUCAAGAGGAUGUUGUCAGAUACCAGUUAAGGUGGAAUUGGAUGCUGAGGUGAAAGUUCUGCUCAUUGCCUUAUACCACGCCAGCUUGGAAUGUGCGAG